AUGGUCGAUUGGUACCCAAUUGAUAAUGGCUUAUGUAUCACAAGUUCCUUGGAUCAACAUGUGAAAAUUUGGGAUACAGAAACAUUCUCUUGUGUCAGCACAUUAUCAUUACGUCAUAAAAUAUAUGGAGCCAAAUUCUCACCGGUGAGUACAAGUCAUAGUUUAAUUGGAGCUGUAAUUGCCAAUGGAGAAGUGAGACUUGUGGAUAUGGAGAGCCAUGCAACGGCUCAUACAUUAUUGGGUCAUCAAGAUGAAGUCUGGACAGUCGAUUGGGCACCAAAUAAUGAAUUUAUACUUGCGACGGGAUCAAGAGAUGGAGAAAUUCGAUUCUGGGAUAUUCGACGAUCUGGAGCAACCGCUUGUCUCUUGUGUUUAAAUCAUGAAGGAAGAGCUAAUGUACCGGGAAGAUCGAAUUUGUAUACAAAUGUAACAAGAGAUAAACCAGUGUGCUUGUCAGCUGCUUCCAAACUAUCGAGAAAAAGAAAAUUAAGUGCUGGUGCAUCAGAAGCUCGAGGUCGAGAUCAACACCGAACGAGAUCGAGAGUAGAUAAUUAUCAUGUGAGUGCGUAUAAUACUGUCAAUCGACAGAAGAGGAAUGACCCGCAUAUUGCAGCGAGUACGUCACUGGCGGUUGCACAUAAUGGAGGAGUGACAAGUUUGGCAUAUACGCCGGAUGGAAAAUACGUACUGAGUAAUGGCAUGGAUGAAAAGCUUAGAUUGUGGAAUGCUACGUCAGGUGAACACCAGUUUAUGAAUUAUCAAGGUGUGCGCAGAACGCAACCUCGUGCUGCAAGAAACGUACAAAUGGCAGUUGUUCAAGAAGGUGCGGCUUGGGAGACAACGGUAGUGUUCGUUCCGAACGGACCAGAGGGUGCAGUGGUCUCAUACCGCGUUUUUGGAGAUAGCGGUACUCCACUAGGAUCAGCUUCAGCUCAUUAUCAGCAAGUUAGUGCAUGCCUAUAUCGGAAAUCUACACGCGAGCUCUACUCAGCAGGUGAAGACGGACUCAUCAUGAAGUGGAAGCCCGCACCGGUUGAUUUGUAUCCAGAUAUAGCCAAAGAUGUCAGUGGCGAUGAAAAAGUGCAACAUAACGGAUUCGAUUCUGGUGCUGUUGCUGCAAUUGGUGAAGAUACAUGGAGCGAUGACGACGAGAGCGAAACAACAAAUCAAUUUGUUCCUCCCAUUUUGCGAGAUGACAUAUGA